UGAGAGAGAGAAGCAGUUCCUUUACUCUGAGAAACCAGCCAGCAGACCCCACACAAGGCAGUAUGAAAUCCUUCCUCCUCGCCAUCGCUGCCGUGCAGAUCCUCCACUGCUCAGGCGUACCAAACCCUGAGGACGCCUUGAGAGCAGCCAUUACAAAGCUGAAUGAAAUAAGUGAAAUUAGUCAUCUUUGCGGCAUAAUCAGCAGCACAGUAACAGAUCUUUCUCCCACAGGAAAAUUCUCAUACAAUGUGGACUUGGCGUUUUCAGUGCAAGAAACGGUCUGCUCCAAAAAUUCUGGGCUAGAAUUUGACGAUUCCAGUUGCACUUUCCGGCCAGCAAGAAUUGCUGAGACUGCUACCUGCAGAAGCCGUGUUAAGUACAUGGCUGACGACGUCCUGGAUGUGGAUGUGGAAUGUCAUGGCUUCAGGAAGGCCAGGGGCAACGGAGACUUGGUGGAAAGAGUGAAGGUGAAUGGAGGAGCAUCCAAAGGAGGGAAAGGUCAGAGUGAACCAGCUACAGGAACAAAAGGUCAUGCUAAGCCACCCAAAAGGGGGAAAGGUCACAGAAAGCCACCCCAGAGAUUCAGCUAUAAUGGAGGAUCUUCAGAAUUAAUCGUUAGCAGUGAAGAGCUGAGAAUCACCUCAGAAGAAUUAUCGCAUGAGUCGUCAUCAAAGGAACACAAUGAGGAUUCAAGAGUCCGACAUCGCCGACACUAACCAUGAAUGACAUUUUUGAAAGGCCAAGUUUGGUAUGAACUCAAGGAAACCUUGUUCAGAUUAAAGUUAACAUUUGUACUUGUUGAUAUAUAAGGGAGACAUUUGUGACAACAAAGAAAUCUCUGUUCUUUGUAACUGUCCUCUUAUGUGUACUGCCUUUCAUUUUAAAUGUAUGUGAGAUAUUGCACUCGAAUAUUCAUCAAAUUGUUGUUACUUUACCCUUCAAUGCCAAGUAUGGAAUUCUAACUCAGGCACCUAGCAACCUGCCUAUGAAAUGCUCGUAACAAGGUUCCUCUGUCUAACGGUUGCUGCUUCUGGGGGUGGACCAUUAGUUGCAAAAGAACCGGUGUGGGACAGAUGGGCAACAACUUCAGAACCUCUUAUCUCCCCAGUAUGAAGGUUCAAGUUCAUGAGCUACCUGUACUUACACCUGGUCUGCAACAACAUGCUGGAAGCAUUUUGUGAGAUGGUGCCUACAUUUGAACAAAAGUAAUGAAUGAAUAUAGAUGAGCCUUGUGUUAUUGAAAACUUCCCUCCUCAAGUUGGGAGUUCCUGGAGAAGUCAGCCAUACCUAUAAUCUCAUUCUCCUAAUUAUAGUGAGAUUUUAAAAAAAGAUUAAAACAGAACAUACGCAGCAGGUCUGUUAACAUAUGAAGAGAGGAAAAUGAAAUUAAUGUUUCAGCAGGAGCCUCUAGUCCUAAAAGUUCUUUCAAUGCAGGAGAUUCUGGAGCAAGGUUAGGAAAUAGCUGAAUUUAAAAGGAUAUAUGAAUCUUUCUUCCAAUGAGUGCAAUAUGAGGGGCAAUAUGGUGUUAACAGAAGGCUCAUUAAACAGCACUGGCAGGGAAGCUUCAAUGGUCCCAUUCAUUGAAGGUUCAGGGCAGCAGCUGUUGGGAGCAAAGAGCAAGGGGAGAGAAGGAUGUGGAUGUGAGGCUGAAGCCUGUAAAUUAUCCUGUUAUUUGUUUAUGCCCAUUUUUCUUCUUCAAUGUUUACAUAGGAUUGCGCCUGUUUCCUGCCCCAGGUUGUGGGGUGCAUAUCUCCACAGCUGCUCUGCACACUGGUCUACUUUCAGCUGGCGCGGUGUGUGUAUGUGUGUGUGUUUGAGGUUUGGGUGGCCUUUGCCAGUUCUAGUAAGAAGAACUUGUACAUUUGGAACAGACAAAUAACUUCAGAGAGCUGUUUAAACGUUCUGCCUUUUUUACAUGUGUUGGAUUUUGCUGCCAACGUCAAUGUAAUGUAUUUUUUUUAUAAUUCUACACAGUUUUACUGAGAGCAGAUCAAUAAAAAUGAUUUUAUUGUUGACUGC